GCGAGGAGAGAGGGCGCUGGCAGCGGAGACGGACAGUCACCAGUGAACAACAUGGCUGCGAGCAGCGCUGGAGUAGAGUGGAGCCAGCUGGUGAAGCCCAUCCUGGCGGCGUCCUACGGCUCCCUCAACAAGCAGGACUUGCCCGAGCUGGUCAAGGCCAUAGUCAAGAGUAAAGAAGACAUUCUUCACCAUGAUGAGCAAUAUGAAGCAUUUUAUGCAUCGUUUUGUGUCCUGGCAGCGGACUACCUGGCCAGUAAUGCCCACCAGGUGAGUGUUGGGAGUGUGAGCCAGGCUGUAAAUGCAGCCAAAGUGUUGCUUCAGUUCUUGGCUGGCCACGUUGGUGCUCCUCCAACUGCCAUAACCACACCAGCCUCGCACUCAUCUUUAACUUCAGUGUCUACAUCAGCUGUGAUCAGCACAAAUGGCAAUGGUGGGACCCCAGCUGCAGCUGUCCCCACAGCAGUUACUUCACCUGUAGCUACAACUACAGCUUCCCCAAGUGAAACUGUACCCACUACUACCACUUCAUCUAGUACAGUGACAAGUGCAAUAUCUGUUUCUACAACCACCACAUCUGUUUCCACUGUUGCAUCACUAGCCGAGACGAGCGGAGAGAAGGAACGGAUGGUUUGUGUUCAUGACAAACAUCUGCUUGCUGGCAUCAAAGCUUUGUGCCGCGGGUCUGGAGCUCUACAUCGUGCUGAUCAGGCAUCACUGACAGCAGCUAUGAAGGCCGCAAAGCUGCCACCACACAUAAAGACUGUUGCUCCAGGUACACCUCCUCCAGCAGGUGAAAAAGAGACAUCUGCAUCUAAAGAAGUUCGGCGAGGGCGGAGCGAUCCCAGUGCAGCAAUACUGGAACAGUUGGUAUCACCACUACACGACUUGGGAGGUUCCAGGCCCCACCCUCCUCAUUCCUCAACACCACCAGCAACUUCUGACAAGGAGGGAGAGGGACCACUUACAAGUGUGUCGGACUCUGCCCUGGAUAUGAGGAAUUUGUUUGCUGGCCGAUGCGUGUCUGCUCUACAGAGUCUAGGUGGUGGAGAACAACUGAUAGAUGUAUGCCUCAAACUUCCCACUGUCGUGAAAUAUACCCAGCGUUACAAAGAUCUCUUGGAAGGUAAAGGACAUGGCUUCCCAACCAAUAUUUCCGAGGCACUGGUUGUGAAGGCAGGACUGAAUAUUGUCGUUAUGGAGCUGAGUACUGUUUGGCGUGUCAUGUCCCUACCUCUGCUGGAACCGUUAAAUUCCAUUCGUCUGCAGAAGCUCUCUACAAUUGCAAUGGCUGCCUUACUUGCUGCUCUUACUGUCUCCUGUGCCACAGCCAUUAUUGCAGUUGCAUCACAGGGAACAUCUUCAUCCAAGACGCCGCCACCUCCUCGAGAAGAUGAUCUAGACAGUGCAGCACCUGCCAUUGCUGAAAAAGCUCUGGAUCUCUUUAAUGUUAUUCUGAAUGCUGUGCGUUCAUCAACAAGAGCUGGUGGACAUCAUGUGCAAAACCUGCAGUUGAUGGGUUCCUGGUUGAUAAUGACUGGGCUCCACCAGUUGAUGCUUGUCGUCUCCUCAGCUGCUGCAAUGCAAGAUAAAAAGGAUGAUAAAGGCCGAAGCCCUAGCAAGAAAGAUUCUGCCUCUGCAAGGAUAAACCUAACUAAGGUACAACAAGGUUUUGGUGUAGUUUGUGUGGCACUAGCAUCACAAGGUGUGACUCUAAUGACGGGGCUGUUAGAAGAUGUUAAAGUGGAGGGAUGGACACCCCCUCGUCCCCCAGAGCCAGCUCGUCUGGAUCCCUUGGAAGCAUACACUGCUACUGAACGUCUCUGUCGGCUGUUUUCAGCUGUUCCGCUGAAUCAGCUGCUGUUUUACCUUGCCACCAUUUCAUAUCGGAAGGCUUGUAGUCUGAAGCGAACCCAUCGUGCCAUGGGUGAAGGCGAUACCUUCAGCAUCUCGGACUCCACUACAUAUUACGAGGACGACUUCUCCGAAGGGAGUCUUGGUGAAGAAGACGGUGGCGAUAACCCAGUGCUUGGCCCCGCAACAGACGACGACUCGGUUAUCAUUGGCGCCUGGUUUGAGGAGCCCACUACUCCAGGAGAAGGCGGUGACGAUCCAGUUUCGGGAGGAGCUCAAGGCAAUAGUGAUUCCUCGUCCUCCCCGGAUGAUUCUCAGGCAAAAACCCCUCACCGUCACAACUCCGAAGUCACCACCAUCGUGCCUGAGAAAGGGGAGCCUCAUGGGUUCAUAUCAUUGGCAUCACAUAUAUUCCUGCUGAUGAACAGCUACCUUGUUGAGAGCGAGUGUGCAUAUGUGCAGCAGUAUGUGCGUGCUGGGUUAGCAGAGACACACAUGGUUGUAUUGGCUGCAAUAAUACGCGAUCUUGACAGAGAAACGGCUAGAUCUGACUCUGGGAGUCUUACUGGGUACUUAGGGCCUGUACUUGGUUCUCUGUAUGAUGAAUUCUCAUAUGCCCUUUAUCGCUACACUCACAAUGUGAUAGCGUCGGGGCUAUUGAGCGAGACCUUGCAGAACACGCUCCUUGGUCAGCUUGGUGUAUCACCGUGGACUCCAGAUGGAGACUGGCCCUUGCAGGUUCUACCACGAACCCUCACCGUUCUAGCUCAGAUUCUACUGCUUCGUCAGCGUCGAGACAAGGAUGAGCUGAAGUGUGACUCGGACACUGCCUGUGUUCUCAUUUGGCAGCGUGUGAUUACGACUUUAACAAAAUCUGUCAGCAAUCCACCUGCUCCUGAGGCAGAAACAGAAGACUUGAAUGUGGAGCAUGCUCAGCUACUAUUGUUCCUCUUCCAUUCACUACAACUAAUGCAGAAGAAGAGUGUGCUACUGAAUGUGGCCUCAGCGGUAGUGAAUGUAUCGUCAGUGAUCAGCACGCCCAUGAGAGAGACUCAAGUUCUUCACCUGGCUCGCCUCCUACUCAUAUUUGAUUACCUCAUGAAAAACUUGUAUGAAGCCCCGCAAGUUUUGAUAGAACAGGUCCAGUGGAACCUCUUCAAGCCGAUUUCUCACCAGUGUGACUCCCAAACUUCAGGAAAAGAUUCCGGUGCUGGGGCAGGAGGGAAGAUGUAUCAUGUGUGGCGGGAUUUGGAGGAUAACUAUCGUAAAAACUAUUCUCAUGAAGACUAUGCUGUAAGACCAAGGUUUUACACUCUCACACCUGCCGAGACCAAUACCCAAGACACCCCUAAGCUGGAUGGUCUGGCAUGCAGUUUCAUCCUGGCCACUCCAGACACACUCAAGUACAGUACUCUGUAUGAUACACUCGUCAGCCUCUUGGGAAUUGGCUGCCAGAACGAUCCAAGCUUACGAUGUACUAAUGAUUCACAGUUGACUUAUCUGGGCCUUUGUGGUGUGCAGUAUGCAUUCUCUUUGGCUUACCGGCUACUUCUCACCAUGCCACCUUCUGUGUCGGCAUUGGAGGCUAUGGCUGCCACAGAGACCAAACUUGAAGGGUCUCAUUUGCUGCAUGCUCUCCUGUGGGGCCCUCGUGCUUCACACAAGAUAUUUAAUGGCUGGAUAAAGGAUGGACUCGUUCGCCAGAGCUUGACCACUCAGAAGGCAGAUGCCUUAUUGAAAUCUGUUGCAAAAACAAUGUGCAAUUUGAAGCAUGACCUAAAAGUUGCCAAUCAUCUAAUUACAUCUUUGUUAAGCAAGGGCUACACUGCAAUGGUGGGUGUGCCACUAAUGAACUUGGAGCAACUUCCAGCAUUCUCGGAUCUCUACAUGUUGGAUACUGUGUUAGUACGCCUCCAAGUUACUCUAGAUGAGGCUUGUCAGAAGGGAGAUAUUGAUCUCCGCUCGUGUGAUGGUGCUGAUCUUCUCCGAGCUUUGGAUAUAUCUGCAGAUCAACUCCCUAUUUCUGGUCUCUUGACUUUAAUACAAGCUUUAGCUUGUGCAACAAGAUGGAGCCUUCUACAACAGAUGAACAGUGUUCUAGAAGAAGGAAGCAAACUUUCUCCAGAGGCUUUAGAUGCCUAUUGUUCUGUGUUAGCUGUGUCGGGAGGCCACGUUCCUCGUGCUGGGCCACAUCCCCCGUGCCUUACCCGUGCAGCUCUGCCAGCCCCACUCAAAACUGCUCUUGACAACUGGAAUGCAAAUAACAUGACUGAUUUUCCUGCAGUUCAUGCAUGGCGUAACAGCAUGAGUGGAGAUGUGCUGCCAGGAGAGACUUACGUAUCUGGCGUUAUAAUGGGACACGUGUCGACUCUGUCUGCUCAGCCAACCUUCACCAUCAACUUGGCACUAAAGCACGUCAUGCAUACCCUUGUCACAUUUGCAACAGAUCUGGCAGGGUAUGUUACACAUCAUAGGUGGUGUAGUGAUGAUGAUAAGACAGGAGGCCUCCUGACAAGUACCCUCGUGAGCCUGGCUGUUGAUGCCACAUGUGACCAUGUCUCCGAGUGUGUGUCUGGUGCACUUGAUCGCCUCCUACCUGCUCAGGAAGGUGGCGACUCCUCGACUUCGCCAGAUCCUUUCCAUCUCGCUCUAUAUUCCCAUUUGCUAACACACGUCGAGUCGCUCCUGCAGUCUGCCGCAACUUGUGACGGAGUUGUGGAUGAGCAGAUUUUAGAGGGAUGCACAAACUUCCUUGAAGAACUGUUAGAGGUACCUACAGGGAAAUUGGCGCUCGACAAGUUUCUUGCCGAGUCCCACUUUGCAUCGGUUCUUCUCAGUCCACCUAUUGGUGGAGAUGUAAAAUCUUCAAGUCUCCCAACUCACAUUAUCAAGUUCUUCAUUAGACUAUUCCAGCUUGCUGAGAAAACCCCAACUGAUCACACCUUGGCUUCGGUGUGUAGUCGAAUUUCCGUGGGGUCAUGGCUGGAGUCUGGGAUACUUCAAGGAUGGCUCUCAACACAUCUGUUGACUUCUACACCAAGCAAUGAUGCUGAAGCAUCACCAAACAGCUGGCAGUUGUUGAGAACGCUUACAGCUUAUAUCAUUACUCAAGAUACACAGAAUGCAGAGGAGGUUGCACAUGGUCUGUUGAGGUCCCUAGUUCCACUAGGAUCAUCUCUAGUUAGUGGUGGGAGCGAGGGCUUGGCUAGCAUGACCCAUCUGCUGUCAGUGAUGUCGUCACUAGCAAGUGCUGGGUCAGGGACGGGCCAUGUCACACUCUUCAGGGCUGCUACUCAGUGGGUUACUCAGUGCAAGCAACACUUAGAAGGGGAAAGUGACAAAGGACUACUGGAGGCAAUGUGUCAUCUACUGUCUUACGUUAGUGAUGUUGUGGCAGCCCUUAAGGUUAACAGUGAGCGUUGGGCUGUUGCAUACCGAAGUGGAAUGACUUCGCCUCCAUACGAGCUGGAUCUAACAGCUGAUACAGAUUCUGACUGGGUGGAUGAUCUUACACAAGAGGAUGAUGAUAGUGCUGGCGAAGACUCGGAUGAAGAUAGCAUGUGCAAUAAGCUGUGCACGUUUACGUUGACCCAAAAGGAAUUUAUGCACCAGCACUGGUACCAUUGUCACACCUGCCGUAUGGUUGAUGGUGUUGGUGUGUGUACUGUCUGUGCACGCGUGUGUCACCGUGGUCAUGACGUAACAUACGCAAAAUAUGGAGCUUUCUUUUGUGACUGUGGAGCUAAAGAAGAUGGUUCAUGCCAAGCUCUUGUUAAACGAAGCCCUGCAUCAUAUGAGGAUGGUGUUGGAUCUUCAAGUGGGCCAGCUGCCUUUGGGGUGGAGCCCCUCCUGCCGUCAUCUCUCCGACGACGCCCAUCUUCGCCCUCACAAGGCACUCAAUCGGAUAAGCAUCGUGAUGAUACAUACAAGCAGAGACAGGCUCUAGCCAAGAAACUUGAGAAUGUGCGGGAUUUAUUGGUGGGUGAAGUGAGCAGUAGUGAAGUGGCUGCUACUGUUCUGGACUUGUUAUCAGACUUGAUGCCUACCAUCCAGGCCAGUGUCAGUGAUUCCAGCUCGGUUGGUUCCUAUCAACGCGCACUGGCAGCCCUUCACCAAGUACACACCAACUCCAAGAUAGUGGAGCCAUCAGAGCAACUAAUGGUGGCUACAUUGGGAUCUCAAGAAGGAGCUUUUGAAAAUGUCCGACUUAAUUAUUCUGGGGAACAGGGGCAAACAAUCAGACAGCUUGUGUCUGCUCACAUGAUCAGACGAGUGGCCAUGUGCUGCUUGGCCUCCCCAGGUGGCAAAAGGCAGCAUCUGGCAGUGUCUCAUGAAAAGGGAAAGAUCACAGUCCUGCAGCUUUCUUCCCUGUUGAAACAGCAUGAUUCUGCCAAGAGAAAACUUACGCUGACUAGACUAUCUUCUGCACCAGUCCCAUUUACUGUUCUCUCCAUCACUGCAAAUCCAGCCAAUGAUGAUUAUCUUGCUGUCUGUGGGCUUAAGGAUUGUCAUGUUCUAACAUUUGCAAGUGCAGGCAGUGUUUCGGACCACCUGGUACUACAUCCUCAGCUGGAGUCUGGAAACUACAUUAUAAGAGCCGUGUGGCUUCCUGGCCAGCAGACCCAAUUGGCACUUGUAACUGCAGAGUUUGUCAAAAUCUAUGACCUUAGUAUUGACUCCCUCUCUCCUCAGUACUUUUUCCUGCUUCCCUCUGGAAAGAUAAAGGAUGCCUGCUUUGUGUGCGCUCAGGUAAAAAAAGAUGAUGGGUGUUACCUGGUGGCUAUGGCAUCUUCAGGUUACAUCUAUACACAAGUGUUGAGUGAGGAGAGCUCUGCACAGCAUGGCCCAUUUUAUGUUACAAAUGUUCUUCAAGUCCAGCACCAAGAUCUGAAGGAUUGCAAUGGGCAGAUAGGUGGUGGUGGUGUGUCAGUGUAUUAUUCCCACACACUCCAGGUGCUGUGCUUCAGCUAUGCCCAUGGCAAGAGCUUCAUUGCCCCACUUGUAUCAAUCAAUGAAAAUGAGAAAGUGGAAAAGUUAUUUGCUGUGAGUGUUAAAGGCGGUAAUGGGUCAGGAGGAAGCAGCAGCAGUAGCAGCAGCAGUAGUAGCAGCAGUAGUAGCAGCAGCAGUAGCAGCAGUGGCGGCAGUGGCAGUAAAAUGGCCCCUCAGCCACUGUGUCAGUGGGGGGAGGUCACUGGCCAUCCGGGACUCAUCACAUGCCUUACCCAAUCAAGUAAUAAUCCAGUGAUUCUGAUGGUUAAGCCUGACCAUAUCCUCGUUCAAGAGAUUCGUGUUUUGCCGGCCAAGAGCAAAAUGACGGACCUAGUGGCAUUGCGACACUCUUGGUCACCCAACCACGAGGCCAAAACUACUCUCAUCCUCCUCUGUGAAGACGGCUCACUUAGGAUAUAUAAUGCCAACCCUCAGACUACAGAUUUCUGGUUGUCACCACAGAUGCAAGUUGUGAGUGCCAUCUCUUCACUUCGUCCUUCAAGGAAGAAGAAGACUCCAAAGUUAGGGCGACCAUCAGGUUCUGUUGUCUUCCCAGUGGACUUCUUUGAACACUGCUCAAUGAUGAAUGAUAUAGAGUAUGGUGGGAAUGACCUCUUGCAAGUAUACAAUGUACAACAACUGAAGAAUCGACUCAACAGCCAAGGCAUGUAUAUAGCAUCAACAAAACCAGGAGGAUUCCAGCUAGAGGUGACCAACAAUGACUCUACUCUUGUUAUCUGUGGCUUGAGAGUUUCUGUUGGUGCUGUUGAUGCCCAAAGGGUCCCUGCCUACCUGGAGAUAUUUGGACGCAGUGUUUCAAUUGCUGCCACACGAAGUCGCUGGUUUGACAUUCCUCUAACGCGUGAAGAAUCCUUACAGGCAGACAAACGUAUUGUUAUCAGUUUUGGACCUUCAGCCGACCCAUCUAAUGUUGCUAUGGUUGACUUCGUAAAAAUUUAUGGGAAAACUAAGGAAGACUUUGGUUGGCCUGAAGAACCAGAGGACUUUUCGGCUACCGUAACUGGUGCUGCAACGAGCGGAUCAGCUGGGAGUGGCACAGAGUCGGCGACAACAGGAGGAACAUCAUCGAUGCCCUUGCCACUCACUGCAGUUGAUCGCCUUGUGUCUGCUGCCCUGGAAACUCUUGAUGGCUGCUUUGUUGCCACACCAGCAGAGAAGAUUGUGGCCAGAGCUGGAGCUUUAGACUUGGCCACUAUGUUACUCAAUCUUCCACUGCCUCCUACAGUGCAACUUUCCUUUCAGCACCAUACUCGGACCCUGCUGGCAUCGCUUCAUCAAAGUCGUAUGGCAUACCACAAUCACAAAGAUGGUGCACAGCUUGCCAGUGUGGUGGAAUCGCUGAAUAACCUUCGUCGUGUGACUGAACCCCAACAACUAGACUGUGAAGCUUACCAUCGCCUUGUUGUCACUGCAAGAAAUGUGGCUGUGGCUAGACCACAUAAUCUUGUCAAGUACACAGAGAAAGUGUCAUCAGCAGACCUAACUUUAAUUCAGUUAGAAGACGACAGUAAGAAGCUUGAGGCUCCAUCGUCAUCACCCAGUCAGAAGGUAGAGGGAGAUGCCUCACUCUCAAAGAAGAGUGAUGGAGACUCUACUCUUAGCAAGGCUUCCGACACGACUUCUGACUCGGAGGCAACGCUCGAAGGUGGUGACAGCAACGGCAAUGAUAUUAGCAGUGAUGACACACACUUCUUGGCUCAGCUGAUGAAUGUGUUUUGGGCUCUCCAUAGUGCCAAACCUACCAACCUUUUCCUCACUCCUAUGUGCCAACCUGGUUUGACUCACGUUGAAGCUACAGUACAAGCAGUAGUGGAAAUCAUCCAUGCCUACACAGUGUGCUCGUUGUCAGCAGUACCUCUUGCUGUACGACUCUACACAGAGUUGCUGCUAUGUGCGGACACCUCUGUCAGUUUUGGUGCAAAACAAGCUUUGAUCAGAGUUUUACGACCUCGUCAUAAGAGACGCAAAGUUUUCAUUCCCAGUCCACCCAGGUGCUCUACGCCAGGUGUGGGUGUGGAUGACUCUGAGAAACCAACAGUGACCCCUCAGGAAACUGGAGGAGCGGCUCUGGUUGAGCCUCCAUUUGAAGGAGCUGAAGCUGCUGAUCCUAUUGUUGAAGCAGGUGGUGGUGGAGAUAGUCUGGAUGCCCUGGGAGUGUUGGGUGGUGGUGGGAGUGGGAGCCUGGCACUGAGAGGAGCUCUGAUGGGAGGCAUGCUUGACCUUCCUGCUGACGACGACGAUGCCAUGAUGGAGCUGGCAAUUGCACUUUCCCUGCACGAAGAACAAGGUCAAGCACCUGCCGAUUUGGGAAAUCUUCCCCCUGGGUUACAAGGUUUGGUAGGCGGGUUGCCCGGCCUACAUCGUCUGCAAGGACUCAGUGGUCAGGUGCUGCACAGCCUUCAGGUGUUAGCUGCAGGAGGCAUGCCUGGAGGCAAUGCUCAGGCCAAUGCACAAGAGGUACAACAGGAUGGGAGUGAUGAGCCUGAAGGUGUUGAUGCUGAAGGUGGCGAUGGUCAAGAGAACGGUCACUAUUCUGACACAACUGCAUCUGCCAAUGGCUCUGAUGAUGACGAUGGUGAUGGUUCAACAGCUGCCACUGAUGGUUCCAAUUUAAGGGCCUCACCUGCAGAACAUGCUGGAAGUGCUGGAAGCGAGUCUGGUGGCUCUGUGGUAGAGAGUCUUGGAGGUGAACAUAAUGUAUCUGGUCGCAGCUCAGCAUACGGUGAUGCUGGACAUGAAUCGGGAUCAACAGGUCUUCGUGAAGGAGCGGCAGCUUUGCCCACUGCCUUACAAGGUGAACUAGUCGAGGAAGAACUCCCUGAAGGUGGUGUUGGACUUCACACUCUUCGCUUGGCCCUUCUGGAUGCUCUCAUUCAGCGUAUUCCCUCCCUAUCAUCUGUUGGAGGAGUCACAACAAUACCAUUUUUCCAGGUUCUACUGAUGCUGACAUCUGACCUUGAUGGCAAUGAUACACGGGACAAAGCAAGCUUAGAUGCAGUCCUUUCUGCCCUUGUGACCCAACUGAACAUGAGUAGCAUUGACGUGUCAACAGUUUCCGAGCGCACCCUGAGCAAGGAGGUCCAGUUGGUUGUAAUGAGACUGCUUAGUGUGAUGAUGUCACGAAGCAAGUCGGGUGCCCGAUCAAGCAGCGAGAUAUCCAGCGUGAUACCUCAAGCAACGGCAAGUUGCCUCGUUCGUUCAGGAGCCAUGGACCAUUGUCUAGCCAUUCUGAAAGCUCUGUUAGAAUACUGGAGGGCCUCCUCUAAGGAGCAGAGUGGUACUGUGAUUGGUGCAGGACUGCUGAAGCCACGUCCCCUGACGUUACCACCGGACAUGUCUCCAUUUUUCUUGCGGCAGUACGUGAAAGGUCAUGCCCACGAUGUGUUUGCAGCCUUCCCUCAUUUGCUAACUGAAAUGGUGCUCCGACUGCCAUACCAGAUGAAGAAGCUUGGAGAAGGGGGUCAGUUUGAGCCAGCUUGGUCUCACUACCUGUGUGAGUAUAUGAUGACCCAACAGACUCCAGUUGUGCGACGACAAGUGCGAAAAUUGCUGCUAUUUAUAUGUGGCCACAAGGACAAGUACCGUCAAAUGAGGGACAUGCAUGCACUGGAUUACCACAUUAAGGAUGUGAAGGUGUUGUGUGCACAGGGAGGCUUUAGCUUCUCUGGUGGAGCAGCCAUGACUCCCAUCAGCCUUCCAUAUGAUUCCCUCAUUCAACUGAUAGAACACCUCAAGUCCUGUGUUGACAUAUCUUCAUCCCGCACACCCAAUUGGCAGAAGUACUGCUUGAAGGAUGAGAGUGUCCUCGGGUUUUUGAUGGAGGUAUCUUGCCUGCUUGAAGAAGGUGUGGCACCAACAGUCCUUCAGCUUCUCCAAGCAGCACUCUCUCCUAGCUCUAAGAGUUCAGAAAAUUCAAAGGGGUGUGGAAACAGUACAAAGCGUGCCUCCAGUGAAGACAGUGAAGGAGAGAGUAGAGGAGAAGAAGCCCAUUGUGCUGCAUUAGUAGCACAGAUCAACAGGUAUUUAGACCGCAACCGCAUUAGCCAGUUCGUGCGUACCUUCUUACUAGAAUCGAAUUCGACCGGUGUACGGUGGCAGGCCCACUCACUUGUCCUCGCCCUGUACCGACAUUCUCCUCCCAAAGACCAAGACACCCUACUCACCCUCAUGUGGUCAUUGUGGCCUCAUCUUCCUGCUUAUGGUCGCAAGGCAGCACAGUUUGUUGAUCUAUUGGGCUACUUCUCACUCAAAACUCAGCACUGUGAAAAGAAGGUUAUAGAGUACAUUAAUCGGGCGGUGACAGUCCUACGCACGCAGUCCCAACUCUUGGCUAAUCAUCCUAAUGCCAAUUUAUAUAAUUCAUUGGCUUCACUGGUUGAGUUUGAUGGCUACUACUUGGAGUCUGAGCCAUGCCUUGUCUGCAACAACCCUGAAGUUCCAUUCACCAGUGUUAAACUUUCUACAGUAAAGGUUGAUUCACGCUUCACGACAACAACUCAACUGGUUAAACUGGUUGGUAGUCACAUGAUCAGUCGUUUGACACUUCGAAUAGCUGAUCUUAAGCGUACUAAAAUGGUCCGCACCCUCAAUAUUUUCUACAACAAUCGCUCGGUGCAAGCUGUUGUAGAACUGAAAAACAAACCUGCUAUGUGGCAUCGAGCCAAAAAAGUGACGUUAUCUGCUGGACAGAUCGAGGUGAAGAUUGACUUCCCACUACCUAUCAUUGCCUGUAAUCUCAUGUUUGAGUACACUGACUUCUAUGAGAAUCUUCAGGCUUCAACAGAGACACUGCAGUGUCCUCGGUGCUCGGCAGCGGUGCCAGCAUCUCCUGGUGUCUGCGCCAACUGUGGAGAAAAUGUAUACCAAUGCCACAAGUGCAGGGCUAUAAAUUAUGAUGAAAAAGAUCCUUUCCUUUGCAAUGCUUGUGGUUACUGUAAGUAUGCCAAGUUUGACUACACUCUGCAAUGCCGGCCCUGCUGUGCUGUGGAUCCUAUUGAAAAUGAAGAUGAUCGUAAGAAAGCCGUAUUGAAUAUUAACACGUUGCUUGAGAAAGCUGAUAGAUCGUACAAGCAACUUCAAGCCUACAAACCAACCCUAGAGCUGUUAUUGGUGCGGAUUAGUGAGCAGGGUGCUGUUAGAAGUGCCGAUGAAGGUAGCUCGGGAGGGACUCAGGUCAACAGAGCCAUUCAACAGUUGGCCCAGAAGUACUGUGGAGACUGCAAGAACUCCUUUGAUGACCUCUCAAAAGUUAUACAGCGGGUGCAGGCCUCCCGUCGAGAAUUGGUGAACUUUGAUCGUUCACAAAAGGAAGGAGGGAAGAAGGCCGUCAUAUCACCGUUGGGUCGAAGUGGAAUUGUCUACAGCAAUCCUGAAGAUGGAGCUGUGGCUGCAGGUCGUUGCUAUGGGUGUGCAGCUUCAGCAACUGAACACUGCAUCACCCUCCUGCGUGCUCUGGCCACUAAUGCUGCACUAAGGGCCUCUCUCUGUCAGCAUGGGCUCAUCAAUGACCUUUUGGAAUAUAAUCUUCGGCGUGGAACCGUUCAGGUGCGAAGUGAGGUUCGUCAGCUCUUGUGUUUGCUGACCAAGGAUGAUUUGUCAGCCACACAGGAGUUAAAUCAUCUCAUCAUGGACAAGAUAAGUGUUGCUUUACACUCUCAUGUUACAUCACCAGACCUCGCAGCAGCUGUUAGACACGAGAUGGGACUACUUGCAUCUUCGGCUCAGAAGGAAGAUUCAUGCUGGGAGUAUCGCCUUAGGUGCGUUGUUCAGCUGUUCUUGAUGGCCGGCGGAUCUAAUUCCUCCCCCACAGUAAUGGAGCACAUAACCCUGCCGUGUCUGCGCAUCCUGCAAGGAGUGAUGAGGCCGCCUACACCACCCCCUCCUCGUAAGAGUCGAGACAAGACGCCUACUGGCUCUGUUGUAACUGCAACGGCUGGGGCAGCUGCUUCAUCUGUUGCUCCUAUUACUGCUACAGAUUUUAUGGCUGCUUACCUUGGUGGAUCUAAGGUUGGUGUGGAUGUAAGCAAGUGGUUGGCAGGUGAUCCUGGGCAUUCAUACGAGACAUGGAAGAAAAGGUCUGCAAGGAGAGUUCAGGAACCUGCUGUCUCGAAAAUGAAAAAGGAGGAGGUUCAUGAGCGCUAUUUACUUGAGAAGUUUGGCUGCCAAUGGUUAGCACGCACUAUCCGUCACCAGUAUGACUUAAGGAUGCAGGACUCAUCAUGGUUGCGUCGAGUCCUUUUCAAUCCAUCAUCACGAAUGGCAAGACAAGUUACUGCCCAGAUGGUGGAGUCCCUUUGUACUUCAGUCCAGCGGAAGAAAGAGGUUUUGGACAUGUUAACUACUUUCCUGCCAGAAAUUGGAAGAGCAGGAGAGAGUGCUGGAGAAUUUGUCUCCUUGUAUCAAACUCUACUGCUGGGUGCCCACUGGAAGUAUUACUUGGCAUUAAAGGGAGUUCUACCCAUCAUAGCUGGUCUGAUCUCCUCAGAAAUACAGCUACUCACAUCUUUAGAGGAAACAACUCUUACCACAGAUCUUAGCCAAGGGUAUGCACUGAAAGUACUGACAGAAUUACUGUCUCAGUUUAUUGAUGUUGAUGCCAUCAAGAGUGUGUAUAAGGGCCGUCUGGUUGGCACGGUGCUAAGUGGUUACCUUUCAUUACGUAAGCUGGUGGUUCAACGGACCAAGUUAAUUGAUGAUACCCAGGACAAAUUCCUUGAACUUCUGGAGGAUAUGACAUCAGGAACUGAAGCUGAAACCAAGGAGUUCAUGGCAGUGUGUGUAGAAACGUUGAAACAGUACCCACAAGAUGAUGUACGAACGCCUGUCUUCAUUUAUGAGAGGCUGUGUUCUAUCAUAUAUCCAGAAGAAAAUGAUGUAGGAGAGUUUUUCCUUACUCUGGAGAAAGACCCACAGCAAGAAGACUUCUUGCAGGGUCGCAUGGUGGGCAACCCUUAUAGCAGUAUGGACUCUGGCCUGGGACCCCUUAUGAGGGAUGUGAAGAACAAGAUCUGUCAGGACUGUGAGUUGGUAGCAUUAUUGGAGGAUGAUAGUGGCAUGGAGCUCCUUGUCUGCAAUAAGAUCAUCUCUUUAGAUCUACCAGUUAAAGAGGUAUAUAAAAAAGUUUGGCUGGCAGAAAACAGUGAAAGUGAUGCAAUGCGUGUUGUUUAUCGCAUGAGAGGUCUCCUGGGAGAUGCUACAGAGGAGUUUGUCGAGACUUUAGAUAAGAAGAAAGAGGAAGAUGUUGACAAUGAACAGGUUUAUCGCAUGGCUGGAGUUAUGUGUCAAUGUGGUGGCCUUGAGGUGAUGUUGGAGUGUCUGCAGAGAAUUAGUGACCUUUCUUAUGCAAGAGCACUGGUCACAGUCCUAUUAAAACUUUUCCAGUAUUGUGUGAAGGUACGUGUGAAUCGAGAACGUUUCAUGGUGCCAUCAUUAAAUGCCAUUGCCACCCUUCUACACACCCUGAAACAGUGCCUGGCAGCUGAGCCCGAGGUUGUUGCAGGUCCCCCAGGUGGAGCAUCCCUUACUGAGCAGCUGCUGCAGGUGCUGGAGGGAGUACUGGUGGAAGCUUCGUCUAUGCCUGCUGCAUCGUACACAGAGUUUGUAGAGACUUGUGGCACGCUGGAAGACAUCCACCUGCUCCUGAACUAUGUUGCAACAUCCUCUCGUACUAAUGCACAGGUGCGUCAGCGGUUGAUGAGAGUUUUGCCAUUUUUAGUCUUUUGUCACAAAGAGAAAAUGGAGCUUUUGGUUGGACAUUUUCGGCCUGUAUUGGACUUUGAGAAGUUUGAUUCUGAACACUCGCCAGAAGAUGCUGCCAAGAUGGAAUCCUUCUGUGUUUUCUGUGACGGCAUUGAACGCAAUGAAAAUGGAAAUCAGCUGAAAGAUAUGAUUGUCAGAGCUAAUAUUGUUAAGGAUGCACUUGCCUAUAUAGAGACCCACAUGCCAGUGAGCAAGAAGCUUGUUGUGGUGUGCAAUGACGAGUGGAAGGAGUUCCUGGGACGACCCUCUCUCAAAUACAUUCUCAGACUACUUACUGGAUUGGCAACAAAGCACAGAGGAACACAGCAAGCAGUUGCGGCAACAUGCAUUCCAGCCAUUCAUCGUCUCGAACAGAUCUCUUCAGAUGAACACGUUGGUUCGGUGGCAGAAAAUUUACUUGAAGCCUUGAGAGAUGAUCCAAGUAUAGCUGUCCAGGUGCAAGAAGUGCGACGUCAGACACGACAGGAAAAGAAACGCUUGGCAAUGGAGACGCGCAAAAAAGAAUUGAGUCGACUAGGACUUCGAGCUAAUGAAAAAGAGCAGAUUACAUCACAGUCCACUUUAUUAUCACAAAUGGGGGAGAUAGCAGAGGAAAGUGGGUUGGUGUGUGCAAUAUGUUUGGAAGGGUAUCGGUGUCAACCCCAGAAAGUUUUGGCUGUGUAUACCUUCAGCAAACGUUGCGUGGUGGAUGAAUUUGAGAACAAGCCACACAAAACACUCGGCUAUUGCACAGUUUCACAUUUCAAUGUUGUGCAUGUCGAUUGCCAUCUUGCAGCAGUAAGAUCUUCCCAUUCUUCCCGAUCACGAGAUGAAUGGGAGAGCGCUGCAUUGCAUAAUGCCAACACGAGGGCAAAUGGCCUCCUUCCUCUCUGGGGCCCACAAGUUCCAGAGUCCGCAUUUGCGUCAUGUCUAGCACGGCAUAACACAUAUCUGCAGGAGUGCACCACUCACAGAGAUAUCAGCUAUUCGUCCACUCUUCAUGACUUGAAACUAUUGUUGUUAAGGUUUGCCAAUGAAAAAUCCUUCAGUGAUGACACGGGCGGAGGUGGUCGGCAAUCGAACAUGAAUUUAAUCCCAUAUAUCUUGCACAUGGCGCUCUAUGUCAUCAAUACAACACGUUCUGCAAGCCGGGAAGAGAAAAAACUCAACACGUUCCUUGAAGCUGGACGGGAGCGGUGGGUAGAAGUAGCAUAUGAGGCAGAGGGAGUGUUUUACAUGGGUGUCCUGUCCUUAGCAGUUUAUUCGCCAGCCCAAUGGACGGCAGUUCGGAUUACAUACCUUCAACGACUGCUGGUUGUUGCACACGCUCGUUCUGUCUCGCCUCAUCCACCUCAAGGGAACAGGAUAACGGACAAAGCAACAAAGGAUUGGGCAGCAUAUAAACAUGCUGCUAUAUUUUGGGCCCUUGUAGAUGGAAUUUAUAACAUGUUCUUUAAGAAGGCAAGUGGUGAAGGUGAAUGGAGUGUAACAGUGGCAGAGUUUGUUCGUCACAAUGACCAAGUGCUGGUUGAAGCUGCCUCCAAACUUCUUACUAACUACCAGGAAGAACUUCUUCCCAUUUCCUCUUUCAUGGAAUUUUGUGAUGUUGUAGGUUUACUUCAUGAGAUUGAAAACCCAGACGAGUUCUUAACGGAGCUUCUACUGAGUUUGCCGUGAUACUAGUGGUUCCAGGUGUAGAAACCCAAGACAUGUUUUGUCGUAUGAAAAUUUAAAGUAUUUGUAGCGGUAUAACCAUUAUAUAUAAAGAACUAUUGUUAAUGCCACUGAAUAUAUACCAUUGUAAAUGUCCUAUGGAAAAACCCUGUUCAUUGGAUAAUAUAAGGUAUGUUGAGACAGAACCAUGUUCACUAAUGACUCAAGCUUGAGUAAUAUAACUUUAAACGUUAAUUUAGCUAGUGAAUUUAAAAUGUACUAGUGACCUCAGAGGCAAAUAUCCCAAGGAAAUGUAGUAUCAAUAUAGAUUAAUAAAUUAUAAAUGUACCAAUGCAUUUUUGUUUACAAGCAGAAUAUGCAGUACUGUAUUAACUCGGUUCUUAAUAGUUGUGAUUAGUAAAGAUAAUUAAAUGCUUCUCACCUAUGUCUUAGGCCUUUCACAGUUUAGUUGUAACUUCAGGUUAAACUAGAAUAUCAAGCAGGUGAUACUGUCUGGUAGUGUCAUUACUCAGAAUCAACAUAGUUAUCUGACAUGUGUGUCCUUGUGUGUUGAAUGUUUGUCUCCUUUACUAGUCCAAUAGUCAGUUCCUCCAAUGUUCUUUAGAAGUGGAAAUUUCUCUAUUAUUUUUUUGAAAUUAAAUGCUUUGCUAUAAAAUGUAUUGGCAGAUUAACAUUACUUUUAAUUUAAAUGAGGGAACAGGUCAAUAAAAGUGAAGUUAGUCACUUUGUACUUAAGUGCACUUCUGUUUAUACAAAAUCUUUUCUUAUUCUCAGAAUAUGACUUGCAAAGUAUUUAAACUAAAGGUUAUUUAAAUUAGUGUCCAUGCAUCAAAGUUACUUUAGUUUGAGAACAGUAUUUUAUACGAUACAUAUUGAUGUGUAAUAAAUGUGAUAAAAGCAGAAGCUUUGAUCUGUACUAUUUGUACUAUAACAGUUAUCUCUGUAGAGUAUUUGGCAUGUUGCUACAUUAUUGAUAAAGCUUCUGUAUGUAGGUUGUUUUGUUAAAAGUUUAUUAGUAAGUAGUUUAUUUUAUUUUGGCUUGGAGAUAGAUCAUUACUGGUUCCACUAAAAUUCUUUGUUAGUAAAAUGUUACAUAUUUGGAUAUUAAACAACUCUAGGAACAAUAGUGAACAAUUUGACAUGAAAGGAGUUACAAAUGCAUUAUUUAAAAGUUAUAAUAAUAGUUUAACAUUGGUGUACUGUAUUUUGUUUGAACUAUUGGCACUGGGGUGAAAUUUGAUUUUAUAAACUCUUUAAAAUAAAUUUAGAGCACA